AUGGCUUCUCUGGUGCCGUGGGGAGGAACCCGCGGGUGGGAGUACGACCCCUUCGCCAUGGACGUCUGGGACCCCCUCGACCUCCGCCGCGGCGGCGGCACCGCCUGGCCCUCGUGGGACGUCGGCGGCCUGCUGGGCCGCGCCGGAGAGGAAGGCGACGACACCCUCGCCAUCGCACGCACCUUCGUCGACUGGCAGGAGACCCCCGAGGCCCACAUCUUCCACGCCGACGUCCCCGGUGCGUAGUCAUCAUCUAGAGAGCGAAAUAAAGAAGAGAGAGAUCGAGAGAGGAAGAUGGCGUCGUCUUCUUCUUCUGUGUGUUUUCCUGAGCUUUCCUUCUCUUGUGUGUGUAUGGGUGGUGGUGAAGGAGUGAAGAGGGAGGAGCUGAACGUGCAUGUGGAGGACGGGAACAUACUGCAGAUAAGCGGGGAGAGGACCAGGGAGGAGGAGGAGAGCACCGACACGUGGCACCGGGCGGAGAGGCGGCGCGGCAGCUUCCUCCGCCGCUUCCGGCUGCCCCUCGACGCCGACAUGGACGCCGUCCGCUGCUCCCUCGACCACGGCGUGCUCACCGUCACCGUCCCCAAGAGGGAGGCAGCCGCCGUCCCCCGAACCAUCCAUGCCGUCGACAUUGCCACCGCCGGCGACUGA